AUGGCUGCAUUUGAUCCGCCCUUUUUAAAACACAUGGCCACAGCACGCAACCAGCGCGGCGAGCCGAUGGACGCCUCGUCGCUCCGUUCUUCGUCAGAGACAACUCGCGCACAGAACGAUGCUGGCCCGACAACGUUCAUGGGCGCCCCGACGCCGACCUAUGCGGCCUUUUCGCCGACGCCGAUGCCUGGGGGCUCGGCCAACUUCGCCGCUGCCGCGAAGCGCAGGAGCACGAUCCUGGUGCACCAGAAGUCCCCCCUGCUUCUUGCGACGCCGCCCCAAGUCACCAGGGCCCUGGCAUAUAGCCAUCCCUUCAUAUUGGUGCUGAAUCGUGUCUUGGGACUGAUUACAUGGAGCUCAGGGGAUCCGUGGCAGUCCUUCCUUAUGCUUUGCGGCUUUUGGAUCGUCAUGAUCCUUGGCGACAAGAUCGUCCAGUGGCUGACACCACUGCUCCUGGUCUUCUGCUUGAUCGCAGGCAUGUGGGGGCGCCGCUUCAGCCCGCUGAGCAGCAGCAGUUGGGGAGAGCCCGGUCCGGGGGCGGGGGGCGACAGUGGUGCGGCAGCUGCCCGACGGGCAAAAAAUUUAUCUGUUAACAGCGUACCGGACAAGAAAGGAGGGGCUGUCGGCGGCAAGACGGGGACCCCCAACGGCCAUGUUCGCAACGCCAGCGUUGCUGAUGGUGCCACGGCCCGGCACCAAAAAACGCUGGACGAAAUGGUGGAGGUGCUCAAGCAGUUCUCCACGCGGUGUGAGAUUCUCCUUGAGCCGCUGAUGGAGCUGACUGAGUUCCUCAGCACACAGCGGACGCCAACGUCGGCUACUACUCGUCCGGCGCUCAUCGCCCUCCUGGUCCGGGUCUUUUGGUGGUUGCCGGUUUGGUUGGUGUUGGCAUCGGAGCGUGUCGGCUUGAUCACCACCCACCGCGUGGUCCUGGUGUGCGGGACAGUCCUGUUAUCGUGGCACUCCCGCCCCAUGCGAGUCACCCGUACGGUCCUCUGGCGGAGCGUCGCAGUCAGGCGUCUUGUCGCAUUGGUUACCGGGCUACCACUCGACAUUCCCGGUGUUGGUAUGAGUCAACAUCCGCCGGCUGGGAAGGCCACGGCUACCGCAUCUACCGCCAACUCAACCGCUGGGAAGGCCCCGGCUGACGGCCAGACGACCGGUCUUCGCAACCAUCUCUCACAGGAAUCUGAGCUAACUAAAGCGAUUCGCCGCACACAUAGACGAGAGAAAAGUACCGGCGUAAGGUUCACAUUCGUGGUAUACGAGAACCAGCGUCGUUGGUUUGGCCUCGGGUGGACCAACAAGAUGUUGCCCACCGAGCGGGAUGUUUGGACCGAUGAGCACAAUAAUCCGGUGCCGUCGAUUGACCAGUUCGAACUCCCGGAAGUAGAAGACGGUGGCAACGUCCGCUGGCAGUGGGUUGAGGGCUCACGCUGGCGAGUCGAGGGGGUCCCCGAUGAGAUCGCUAUGCCCGAGGAUGGGAAGGGCGAUUGGGACUAUGAUAAGCCCGAGGCCAUAAUGGGUUGGGUAUUUUAUGAUAACAUGAAUGGUCGCCGAGGCCUCGACGGAUGGAAUCGCUUCACACGCAGGCGCAAGUGGUACCGCGAUGCGGAGCUUGUCGAGAUCGACCACACCGACGUGGAUAACAAUGCCACACCCAACCCUUCCACCGACGCCGACGCAAGCACGUCGUCCGACCAGGCCAACACCCCGCGCCCGCUACACACGCCCACCGCAUCGUCGUCUUCAGUGCCCACCGUUGGUCGCAACACCCCUGACCCAUCCUCCUCCGACGCCAACACCCCGCCGACCCCUCCAAACCAGCCAAACCGUGAACCAGAUGAUGACCCGAUCGAGACAGACUCCGUCUUUUCAACCUCCAGCCGCUCCUUAUUUCCUUUCCCAUCCUUAGCCUUCCGCCGGCGCGUCAGUGGCAUGGGCCCCAUGCCCGCCGGGGACACAGCAUCGACGUCGUCGGGGUCAAUGACCGGCACGCGACCGCAGCAGAUUCCUCAUCGCCGGGUCUUCAGUAGCAGUAGUAGUGUUGGCAGCAUCAGUGGGGCGAGUGCAAGGAGCAGGCGGACGAGUAGUGCUGCUGCGGAGGAUGAUGCUGCUAUUCUAGGGACUCGGGCCAGGAUCGCGGUCCAAGAGGCUGGUGAGGGGGCAAGUGCGAGUAGUUGGGGGAUAGGGGACGAUGUUAGGAUGGGGUUAGAGUAA